AUGCCAAGUACACGAGCAUCAGCGCGCAGUGGCUCCAGCCCGGAAAAGGAAAACGCGGCAGCUGGAUCCAAGAGGAAGGCCGACACCAGCUCGCCCAAGGGCAGCCGCAAAGCUGCGAAGCAGACCACUAUUGAAGAGUCCCUAGCAGGCGACAACACUGAAGAUCCGCCCCGCAACCCUGAUGUGGAUACUGGGAUGAAAGAAACCCCGGCCGAUGAUGGCGACGAGAAGCAGGGUGAAGAGCCAGCGAAGACAAAUACUGAGCCCAAAGAGGAGACAGCGAGAGCCGAAAAGACCAACGAGAAUAACGGUGGCGACGAUACUAAACAGACAACAGCGAAUGAUGACCCGGUGCAGGAAUCUUCCCAGCGCGAGAAGAAAAUUGCGUCGAACAUUCUCGAGAAGGGAAUUGUGUAUUUCUUCACUCGCAAUCGUGUGGGCAUCGAAGACUCCGACAGUGUCGGCCAGGGAGCGCUUCCCGACCUCGAGAACAAUCGCCUCCUGGCGUUGCCGAAGAAGGUCUUUCCCAAGAGUCACAACGACCGCUUCAUGGCAUUCGUCGAGAAGGCGAACACAACCAUACAAGACCUCAAAGAUAACUUCUUCAAGGGUAAUGAGUACGAGACAAAGACCCAGGGUACACGCCGCGUCGAACCAGUCGCCACCGUCGCAGAAGGCGUGUACUUCAUUUCCCGUACGGAAGAUCGUUCAACACAUCUUGUCUACGCCAUUACUAUUCCUUCGGAACUAGGAGAGGUGCAAGAGGACCUUGGCUUGCGAUCCCAAGGCAGCUUCGUCAUAAGUGUCAAGAACCCAGAGCGGCCGGGUCCGGCCUACUCAAAUCUGCCGCAAGGCCCUGAAUUUCCCAAGGAAUUCAUCGAAGAAUUCCGCGGUCUUGCGUGGUCUGAGGUAAAGCCGAAGUAUCUCGAUUACGCCAACACGCAGAUCCUGCUCAUCGGUGAACACACUGAUAAGGCUGUUGAAGCUACCAAGAAGGAUCAGAAGCAUGACAAGAACACUCCCAAAGAAGAGCUCGAGAAGCUGGAGCACGAGGACGAACUGCGCGUUGAGCAUCUACACGGCAACGAUAGUAUCUUCGACGAUCUUGAUAUCAGCCGUAAGGAGUACUCUCAAGUUCCUACAACGUGGUAG